AUGGAUGCCAUGGCGUCGUCUGAUCCGAGCUCCAACGUUUUCUCUAAUUCCACAAUGGAUGAGAAUGUUACAAACACACUUGAGGAUAUCAAGAAACUGGCAGAAGGAAAGAAAGAAGCUGCCAAUCAGUUUUAUUCAUUAAAACUAUACAAGAAGGCGUUAGUUUUGUACAGUGAAGUCCUUGAAUUGUGUCCUGAAGUUUCGCGUUAUUAUGGCAAUAGAGCUGCGUGUUACAUGAUGCUCAAACAAUACAGAGACGCAUUGGUAGAUGCUAAGAAAUGUAUCCAACUGGAACCGAAGUUUACCAAGGGAUACGUAAGAGCGAUCAAAUGUUGCUUGGUUCUGGGUGACAUUGUGGAAGCCGAAACUAUGUUGCAAAAGUUGUUGGAAUUUGAUCCUGACAACAAAACGAUAGCCGCGGAACAAAAAGAUUUAGCAUAUGUGAAAAAGUACUAUGAGGAUGCUAAUGCUGCAUACAAUGCCAAGGAUUAUCGCAAGGUUGUAUAUUGCAUGGACCGUUGUUGCGAUGUAAGCACCUCCUGCACACGUUUCAAACUAACCAAAGCGGAAUGUCUAGCAUUCUUGGGCAGAUACCAAGAAGCUCAAGAAAUUGCCAAUGAUACAUUGCACAUCGAUAAGAACAAUGCUGAUGCGAUAUACAUCCGUGGGAUGUGUUUGUAUUUCCAAGACAAUAUCGACAAGGCCUUUACUCACUUCCAACAAGUAUUGCGACUCGCGCCAGAUCACGACAAAGCAUUGGAGAUAUACAAACGAGCACGAUGUCUGAGAAAAAAAAAGGAAGAAGGCAAUACGGCGUUUAAAAUGAGACAAUAUCAGGAAGCGUAUAAUAUUUAUAAUGAAGCCUUAGCUAUUGAUCCACAGAAUAUCAUGACCAACGCUAAAUUGCACUUCAACAAGGCAACAGUAGCAGCAAAGUUAGGGCGAUUAAAGGAGUCCGUAGCGGAAUGUUCCGAAGCGUUGAAGCUCGAUGAAAACUAUUUGAAAGCUUUCCUCAGACGAGCGGCGUCUUACAUGGAACUCAAAGAAUAUGAAGAUGCGGUUCGAGAUCUUGAGCAAGCAUGCAAAAUGGAUAAGAGUCGUGAGAACAAACGGUUGCUCGCAGAGGCGAAAUUGGCGCUGAAGAAGUCCAAGAGGAAAGAUUACUACAAAAUUUUAGGUAUCGACAAAAAUGCAUCCACUGAUGACAUCAAGAAGGCAUAUAGAAAACGUGCGAUGGUCCAUCAUCCAGAUCGUCACGUUAAUGCAACCGAAGGGGAGAAGAAGGAACAAGAGAAGAAGUUCAAGGAAGUUGGGGAAGCUUAUGGCAUUCUCUCGGAUCCCAAGAAACGAUCUCGCUAUGAUCGCGGUCAUGAUAUAGAUGACAAUGAAGGUUUCCAAGAUAUAGAUCCCAAUGCGAUGUUCCAUUCUUUCUUCCAACAAGGGAACUUCCAGUUCCAGGGAGAUGGUUUUCCGGAUGGUUUCUCCUUCCAGUUUGGUUAAAGACAUUUCCAAAGAGAAUUACGAUGAGGCGAUAUGUCACAGUGUACCUAGCUAUGUAUAUGAUAUAUCAUCCUAUUUUGUAAAAAAAAAUGCAUCGAGUUUUUUUGGACUCCUUACACUUACGAUGCAAGAUAGUGUGUCGUCGUGUUUACGUUUCAUAACGCGUUAUGAAAUGUAGACAUUCGCAGCGGCUUCAGUGUAUAUUUAUUUAAGCAUAAUACAUCAUACAAUUGUAAAUAGGAAAUUUAGGAUUCUAUUGAAUUACGAUACGAAAUUUUUUUAUUUAAUGGUUUAAUUAAGAUAAAAUAUUAGGGUUAAUGCCAAAAGUGCAAGUGCAAUUUGGAGGCCCGAGACAUGCUCAUACUUGACGAAACUUUAGUGAAUAGACAAGAAAAAAAUAAGAAUAAGAACAUUUUAAUCUAUUAGAUUAAAACGUUCUUCUCGUUUCUUUCUUCGUUGUAGAUUUUAUAGAUAUCAGAUGCGAGACUAAAGCAUGAAAGAACAUGAAAGAACUGUCCUCUGAUUAUUGUAUACGUUUUAAUAGCACGAGAUGAUCUUUUACCCGAUGAUCUCGAUAUUUCUCGUCAGAAUUGCUAAGGGAAGUGUUGAAGAAUGCAUGAAAACGAAAGUUGCUGUAAUGCAGUAUAUUUCAUUGUAUUGUUCAUAUGAGAGCGUUUGCGUCCUCGAACAUAGUGCCCAUAAAUACUGAGUUUUCUAGCUUGAAAUCUAUUCUCACACGUCUCAGUAAGAGAGAUACGCGUACGUUAUUAUAAAAUAAUCGAUGAAAAUGAUGUGAACCAUAGCGACCCUUGGACGUUUAUCUUGCGAUGAAGCUCGCUCGAUACAUUGUUUUCUCGAAUUAUUCUUAAUGAGAUUCUAAGAACAUAUUAUUCCCGUAGAUCUUAGAAUCCGCAAUGUAUUCAUUCCACUCUUUCUACAAAUACAUACAUUCUAAUA